ACCAUCUGGUGUCUAUUCAUUGGAUUUGGAUUCAUGGAUACAUGCGGCUGCUGCUCGUCAAACCCCGAAAAAGAUUCAGAAAUCUUUGUUUAGAUUUUUUUAUUUAUUUCACUUUUUUUAGAAUGAUUAUUAAAUAAUGGAUAUUCCUAAACCACCAGAAGAUUUAGAACUUCGAAACAUAAUCGAUAAAUUGGCUCAAUUUGUCGCUCGUAAUGGUCCGGAUUUUGAACAGAUGACCAAAAAUAAACAAUUAGGAAAUCCUAAAUUUAUGUUUUUAUUCGGUGGUGAAUAUCAUGCUUAUUAUCGAUUUCGUGUUGUAACCGAACAACAGCAGGUAUUUCAACAACAACAACAACAAUCAAAGAUGCCAUUACCUCCACUGCCGAUACUUGGUGGUGGUGGUGGUCCUAUGGGUAAUAAUUUUUUUCCAAGUCAUCCAUCUUUGCCUCCGCCACCACCUUUACCGUUUCCAUCGGUAUCACAAGCUCCACCAACACAAUUCAGUAAUAAUCAAUUCGUUCCACAACAACAAUCUCCAUUACCGCAUCAUCAUCAUCAUCAUCCACAUCAACUUCCACAUCCUCAUCCUCUCGCACAUCAUCAUCAAUUAGGGCCUCAUCUUCCACCUCCAUCAUCACUUCAUCCACCGUUUUUGCCCGAAGAAUCAUUUCAUCAUAAUCAUCAUCAUCAAUUUCAACAAAUGCCACCGAAAACGGUGCCAAAUUGGCAGCCACCAUCACCAGCUACAAAUCCUAUUAUACAAUCACCGAUUGCUGAUAUUGAAUCACAGAAUCGAAUCGAUUCACAAAUUCAACAGAUAAAUGAUCAUCUAAAAGAAUCGGAAAAAAAUCUUAAUGCUCAAAAACAAGUGAUAAUGGGUGUAGAAAUGGAAAGAAGAAUCAACGAAAUAAUUACCAAACAAUUGGAUGAUGAACUAAAACGAAUGUGUGAAGAUUUUAAUAUAAAUCUUAAUGAAUUUGAUAAAAUUUUACAACCAAUCAUUGAAAGUUGUCGUAAAGAAUCAAUUGCGAAUGGUAAGAUUUGGAUUUUUAAUCAUUGCAGCACAUCCGAUCAAUAUGAUGCUGUAGCUAAACAUCUUUUAAAAAGAUUAACAAGGACCGAUUCAGAAUUCGAAGGAAAACUUCAUUUAAUGUAUUUGAUAAAUGAUAUAUUCAAUCAUUGUAUGCGUAAAAAUGAUGAUAAACUAAAAAUGGCCAUCAUCAAUAUAAUUGUACCGGCAUUCACUACAGUUUUGAUGGAAGCAAACGAUGAACGAAAACAAAAAAUGAACAAACUUUUAAAAAUUUGGGAACAGAAUCAAUAUAUUGAUCAAACAUUAUUGGAUCAACUGAAAACACCGGAACAAUCAUUAGAUGCCUAUAAGAUCUCUUUACGGGAAAAAUAUUCGGAACAAAUCGAUAUGAUCAAUCAGGAACAAAUGAACAAAUAUAAACAGAUCGAAAAACAACAUUCAGAUUUUGUCGUUCAUUGUCAGAAUCAAAUUCAACAGCUUCAAUCACAAAAACAAACUUUACAGGCUAAUAUGUCACCUUUACGACCAUCGUUUCCAUCUGGACAGAUUAAUGAAUUAUCACCACUUGGUCCACGAGUUCCACAUCCACAUCGACCAGUUCUUCCAAUGAUAUCAACGCCGAAUGGAACACAGCCACCACCACCACCAUUACAACCACCUUCGAGUAUUCCAUUUGUUGGGCCAUCAUCGGUUGUAAAUAAUUUUGUACAGGCAAACCCUUCGCCAAUGCCACCUUUUCCGGCACCAUUUCCAAAUCAGCCAAAUUUCUAUCCAACAAACAAUGUUCAAAUGUAUCCACCAUUGCCACCGUAUGCAUCGGCAAUGCUUCCAUCUACUCAGAUGUUACCGGAUAUUCCUUCCUCAGAACAUGCAGAACCGGCACCUUAUUUCGAAAGACCGGCUGGUUUGAUGACAACAGUGAUUAAAUUGGAAGAUUUUGAUUAUAAUCCAAUCGAUCCAAAAGAAAUAAAAUUACCAGCACUGGAACCUCCGUCUGAACGUUUGCUUCAAGCAUUGGAAGCAUUUUAUUCACCUCCCACUCACGAACAUCCAAGAAAUGCUGAAGGUUGGGAAAAACUUGGCCUUUAUGAAUUUUUCAAAGCCAAAUCACAAGCUCGAAAAGAAUAUGAAAUCAAUGUUUUGGGCCAAGAACCAACACAAAAAGAUGGUGAUGAUGAUGAUGAUGAUGAUGAUCAACCUUUUAUCAACGAUUCUGAUACAUCCAAUAUGGCAGCCAAUAAUAAUAAUGAUGAACAACAAAAAUCUUUUAGAGAAAAAUCACCUUCACCACCAAAAAAAUCAUACAAAGAAUUCACUGAAGAAAAAAGUAAAAACCGUAGUCGAUCACCAAGUGACAAGCAUCGUUCAAAAAAACGUUCCAGAUCAAGAUCGAGAAGUCCAUCGAAAUCAAAGAAUCAUCGACGUGAAUCAUCACCUAAACAUAGUCGUUUUUCAAAGAGUAAAUCUCCCGAAUAUUCCAAAUUCAAUGAUUCACACAAAAAAGAUUCGGAUAAAUCAACAAAGAAAAUGACCUGGUCGAAUAACACUGGAUUUACCAUCAAAGAAUCAAAACCUAAGGUUAUUUCUUCACCCGUCAUACAACAAUCGGAACAAUAUCGAGGAUUUGGCGAUACUACUAGUAGUAGCAGUAGUCAAAAUACAUCGGGCAAAAUGUUUGAUCCAUUUGAAUCAUUUCGACGUAACAAAGGUCAAGCUUAUAUUCAACGGAUUCGUGAUGCCAGACGUGAUUAAUUGAAAUUUUUAAUUGACUGAUACUCAUUAUUUUAUUGUAAAUUAUAUCCGAAAACAUUGCUUGUAUUCAUUAUGAUCAUAAUAUCUAUAAAUAUAAAAACAAACG